AAUCGAAGAAAUGAAGAUGGUCACCUCAGAAUUCUUUAAACUUCCUCUGGGAGAGAAGAUGGUCUGUGCACAGACUCCAAAUAACAUUGAAGGCUAUGGGCAGGCAUUCGUCGUGUCAGAAGAUCAAAAACUCGACUGGGGCGACAUGCUCUUUCUUCUUCCUCUACCGGCCUCUCAAAGAAACAUGAGAUUCUGGCCCAAAACUCCUGCCUCCUUCAGAUCCACUUUGGAGAAAUACUCGAUGGAGCUGCAAAAAAUUGCAAUAAAGCUUUUCACAUUGAUGGCUAUAAAUCUCGGAAUAGACCCAGAAAAACUCACGGAGGCGUAUAAAGAUUGCAAUCAAGGAAUAAGAAUGAAUUACUAUCCACCUUGUAUACAUGCUGACAAAGUUAUUGGCCUCACUCCACACUCUGAUGCCACAGGAUUAACACUGCUGAUACAAGUCAAUGAAGUUCAAGGUUUACAAAUUAAGAAAGAAAGAAAAUGGGUACCAAUUAAACCGGUUCCUGGAGCCAUCAUCAUAAAUGUUGGUGAUAUCAUGGAGAUUAUGAGUAAUGGUGAAUAUAGUAGCAUUGAGCAUAGAGCUGUCGUCGACUUUGAGAAGGAACGACUUUCAAUUGCUGCAUUUCAUAGUCCAAAUAUUACGACGGAAAUCGGUCCGUUGCAUGAUCUCGUGGAAAAGAAGGGAGAAAAAUACAAGGCAUUAAGCCAUGAGGAGUAUAUAAAGUUGGUUAUUACAAGCAAGCUUGAUGGGAAGAGCUUGUUGGAGCAUAUGAGAAUUUAGAAGUCAAAUAAAAGGCAAAUUUUGUUUCAAAAAAUUUGGUGAAUUGCAAAUAAUCUUGGCAUGUAAUUG